AUGAAGUUCCUCGUUACAUUGCUAUAUCUCGCGGCCUCGGUCUCCGCAAGCACAUUCACCGUUCUAACCUCUACCACCGUGGUGGCCAACACACCAACCAACAAUGUUACCUCGAUUGUCGUCCUCACCUUCACGAACGAUAAGACCGGGGCAAGUUUCCAAGUGUCUGUCCCGGUGGAUUCGCAGAGGCAUAGUGUCAAGUCCGUGACGCAGGGUGGGCUCCCACUGCUCACUACAUCUGCUAUGCUGAUCAGUUCCUCCCCCAACGUGAAUACUAUCUGCCAUAUCAAUAUUCCAGGGUCCAAUCCAAUGGAACUCAGUAGUCAAAUCUCGUUCAUCAAAAUUAGUGAUAUCAAUAACCCAGUGGACGUCCAGGAUGCGUGGAUCCAUUGUGCCAACUGA